AUGCCUGUUGAGGUCCGAGAAGCUAGAGCUGAGCAGUUCUUGAAGCUCAAACAGAAUGGGAGGACUGUUCAGGAUUACUACUUGGAGUUUCUGAGUCUGGCAAAAUAUGCUACUAAGCUUGUUCCUAACCUGAGGGCCAGAGUAAAGAGGUUUGUCACUGGUCUUAAUUCUCACUUAUAUGAUGGGGCGAAUAUUGCAGCCCAGAAUGGAGGUAUGACUAUCGCCAAGACAUUGGCAUUUGUGCAAGAAAACAAAACGAGGCUGAAGGAGGAGGAAGCCGUGCAAAAAGAGAAAGACAAAGAGUUUAACAAGAGGGUUAAGUCAACUGGGCAGUUCAACGGGAAUAGUGAAAAGAAUAGAAAAUUCAUCAACAACAGAUCAUCGGGACCCGUUCCUUCAUCGCCGUUAUUCCGGCUCCUAAGUUCGAGAGAGAGAGAGAGGCUUUUGGAGCGUCAGGCUCACAAUCUAAAGGAAAUUCGAACAGUCACGAUUUCCACCCAAAGGUGUAAUACUUGUGGGAAGAAACAUUCAGGGACAUGCCGUUCGGGCUUGGAUGGUUGCUUUGGAUGUGGCCAGUCAGGUCACUUUUUGAGAGAUUGUCCAUUUACUAAGCAGGGUACAGGUGGGACCAUAACUCAGUCCUCCAAUUCGUUUGCAAACAAGAACACGCAGGCUCAGUCAGGUAGAGCCCCAGCGAGACCAAGGAAUGCAAGUGGAGGUCCAAACCGCUUGUAUGCUUUAGGCGCUCAACAAGAUGCUGAGGGUCGUACCGAUGUUGUCACAAGUACUAUCACCAUUUUCAGUUACGAUGUUUUUGCACUCAUGGACCUCGGAUCCACCCUUUCUUACGUAACCCCUUUUAUUGCAAAAAAGCUUGGAGUCAAGCCAGAACUAUUAUCCAAACUUUUUGAAGUGUCUAACCCUGUUGGUGAGGUAAUUCUAGCUAGAUAUGUGUAUAGGGGUUGGCCGGUGAGAGUGUACCAUAAGUUGACAAUAGCAGACCUUCACGAGUUACAAAUGGUAGACUUUGAUGUGAUCAUGGGGAUGGAUUGGCUAUAUUCUUGUUAUGCAUCAGUUUGUUGUCGGACCAAAACAGUCAAAUUUGAAUUCCCAAAUGAGCCAGCCUUAGUUUGGUCCGGUGAUUCAGUACACCCAGAGUCAGUUCCAGUUGUCUGUGAGUUUUCAGAAGUCUUUCCAGAGGAUCUUCCAGGAAUCCCUCCUGAUAGGGAAAUAGAGUUCGGAAUUGAUCUACUCCUUGGCACUAAGCCUAUCUCUAUUCCGCCUUAUAGAAUGGCUCCACUUAAGGUCAAGGAAAAAGAUAUUCCUAAGAUAGCUUUUAGGACCAGAUAUGGGCACUAUGAGUUUUGUGUCAUGUCUUUCGGGUUGACGAAUGCGCCAGUAGCCUUCAUGGAUCUUAUGAACAGAGUGUUUAAGCCGUAUCUCGAUCUCUUCGUGAUUGUCUUCAUCGAUGACAUUUUAGUAUACUCCCGUAGCGAGUCAGAUCAUGCUCAGCACCUAAGAGUAGUAUUGCAGACACUUAAGGACCGUGAGCUAUUCGCAAAAUUUUCCAAGUGUGAAUUUUGGCUCAUCUCCGUGGCAUUCUUAGGCUAUGUUAUUUCCAGAAAGGGUAUUCAAGUUGAUAACACUAAGAUUGAGGUUGUCAAGAGUUGGCCCAGACCUAUCUCUGUUUCAGAUAUUCGUUGUUUCUUGGGUCUGGCUGGUUACUACAGGCGUUUCAUAGAGGGAUUUUCCUCCAUCUCAGCUCCGUUGACUAGAUUGAAUCAGAAGAAGUCUAAGUUCCAGUGA